AUGGGAAAUGCCUCAGAAACAUUUCUGCUCGUGUCCAAGAUAUCAAAAGACAGUGACAUCCUCAUGGGGACGAUCUACAGCAUCUUUGGUGUGCUGUCGUUAAUAGGAAAUGGGAUCCUGCUGUUUGUGGCCUAUAGAAAAAAAUCCACCCUGAAGCCUGCUGAGUUCUUUGUGGUUAACUUGGCCAUCAGCGACCUGGGCAUGACCAUGAGCCUGUUUCCACUGGCGAUCCCCUCGACCUAUGCCCACAUGUGGCUGUUUAGUAAAACGAUCUGCAUUAUCUACGCCUUCUGUGGCGUUUUGUUCGGCCUGUGCAGUCUGACCAACCUCACAGUGCUCUCCUGCGUCUGCUGGAUCAAGGUCUGCAUCCCAAACUACGGUAACAAGUUUUCGUACCGCCACGCCUGCCUCUUGAUUGCUGGGGUCUGGUGCUAUGCUGGAGUCUUUGCUGUGGGGCCCCUGUCUGGCUGGGGAGAGUACGGGCCCGAGCCGUACGGCACGGCCUGCUGCAUCAGCUGGCAUGCGCCCAGCCAAAGCACUGCAGCUAUGACCUACAUCAUCUGCCUCUUCUUCUUCUGCUACAUCAUUCCAUGCACCGUCAUCUUCCUGUCCUACACAUUCAUCCUGCUGACCGUGCGGGGCUCCAGUCAGGCUGUGCAGCAGCACAUGUCCCCACAGAACAAGAUCACCAAUGCACAUGCACUUAUCAUUAAGCUUUCUGUCGCAGUUUGUAUUGGUUUCUUGACAGCAUGGAGUCCAUAUGCUGUUGUGUCCAUGUGGGCAGGGUUUGGUAACCCAGAAACUGUACCACCCAUGGCUUUUGCCCUGGCAGCCAUCUUUGCCAAGUCCUCCACCCUCUACAACCCUAUUGUCUACCUGGUCUUCAAGCCCAACUUCCGCAAGUCCCUGUGCCGAGAUGUGGCCAAGUGCAGGAGGACACUCUGUGGAAGUCCGUGUCAGCACAGCUCUGCACAAAAGGAAACUUGUGGACAGCCUAAUCACAAAGACGAAUCCAACUCAACAAAGUUGUCGAACGGGCUACCAGAGAACCACAGGACCUGCAGACACUGUCCUUGCCCUGAAACAGUCCUUGGUGACAGAGAAAAGCUGACAGACAUCAGUCUGCAGAAGACUGCAAGGAUACUUAAAGGAUCUCGGCACAACGAGGUGGCUAUCAGUCAGCUCUCCAACGAAGUUCAGAGCGACUUCCUCUAG